UCUAAUUCUGUUAAUGAGUUUAAUCAGCGACGUACUGCGCUUUUAAUUUUAUGAAGGUUAAUAAUUAUAUUUACAUUCCACAUUCACGUAAUAUCCUCUACGCGUUGUACUGUGAUAUGUCAUGCUGCUUUCUAAGUAGAGAAUUCAUUGUGAUAAGUGUUGUGUGGUAAUGAAAUGACGGACUCCUGUUAUUAUAAUCAAAAUAGCUUCUUCGACUAUUUCGAAGAAAAUAAAUUGAUUUCAUGUAUAACUGGUUUUACGUUUACGGUGAUAUUCAUAUUCAUCUACAUACUGAAGGCUUAUACAUUCUUCGACAAACGUUGCAUUCCGCGGGCAGUUGACCCAACAGCGCCUUUCGGAAAUAUAAAGGAUGUUCUAUUUCAAGAGACAACGUUCUACGUUUACUUAUGGAAAUAUUACAAUAAAUUCAAGCGGAAAGGAUUCAAGUAUGGCGGGUUGUAUUUGUUCUUUAAACCAAGUAUAUUAGUAGUCGACUCAAUAGUUAUGCAAAAAAUUUUGACAGAACAGAAGUGCAUAACUGACGGACAUAGAAACUAUUUUCCCGAGGUCAGCACAGUUGUAGAUUUGUUUACGGAAGAUAAUUUGGAAAACUUUCUUCUUCGAUACAGUAGUAUUAAAGAUACAUUAUUAGUGGAUUUAGAUGAAAAAUGUGCUUCGACUGUGCUACAUAAUUUUUUUAUGGAAACCACAUCUUCUGCGUUUGGAUUUAAAAUAAGUUUAGAAGCUCUACCUGCAAUAAACGCGCUGCUAAAUAAAAAGACAAGUUCUGGCUUCAAAUAUUAUCUUGGUUUAGUAUAUCCUGCACUAUUUGAAAGAAAUAAACUCGUCCCAGAAAUGCAAAAUCUAUUAAAGGAUAUUUUCGAGUACAGGAAAAAGAAUGACAUACGAGAAACUGAUUUAAUACAGUCGUUUAUUGAUUUAUACAAUGAUGGUGAUUAUAACCUCAAUGAUGUGAUACUGGGUAUAUUUGAUAUCAUUGUUGACACUAUUAUAUACUCCUAUAGCUCGCUGAUGUUUUGUUUGUAUGAAUUAGCCUCUAAUAAAGAUAUUCAGAAGAACUUAAUCCAAGAAAUCGAAAGAUUUAAUAAACAAAAUAAAUCCGUAGGAUUAAAGGCUUUACGACAACUAUCUUAUCUGGAUGCGGUCGUAAAAGAGACACUUCGGAAAUAUCCACCUGUUCCAACAAUUAUUAAAAAAUGUAAAGAGUGUUAUAAAAUUGAUGGUACUAAUUCAGAGCUUCCAAAGGGUACUUUUAUUUUACACUCUGUUAUGGGUGUUCAUUAUGACCCUCUUAAUUAUUCAGACCCAGGAAAAUUUCGACCUGACAGAUUUCUUGAGGCACCGAACAAAGUUGACAUGUCGAAUGUGUACAUUCCUUUUGGUCUGGACAAACAGAAGGAGAUAGGAUUCCGUUUUACUGUAUUACAUGUUAAAUUGGGCAUUAUCAGUAUUCUUUCGUCAUACAGUGUAGGUAUGAACAGCAAAAGUGCCAUGGAAUUUGAUAACAAAAAGGUGCCAGUUUAUCCAAAGGAGCCAUUGCCUAUAGUUUUUGAAUCCAUUCUAAAAUGAGAGUUUAUUUAAACUUAAAAAAUACUUGUGAAAUGUUACAUUAUCUUAUUUGUUGUAGUUCGCUCUGAAGUAUUUAUUUCUUUUUCAAUGUUUAGUAAUAUGAUGUGCUCUACGGUCGAAGGUUGUUAAUAUUCACAACAAUAAAAAAGGAAAGAGAUAUUCGCGCACUCUUUUUGGUAAUUGUGUUAAUAGUAUGUUACUGAUCAUUUACUGAAGGAGUUGUUUGACACAGAAAGAAUACAUAAAUGUUUUUCUAUGGAAAUAAUAGCUUACGGCUAGGACUAAAGAUAUUGCCUUAUUAUUAUCUUUACUAAAUAAAUGUUAAUUAAGG